GGAGGGGCCAGCCCAGCCUCCCGCUCCCUCAGCGCCUCGCAGCCGCGCCCCGUGACCCAGAACAGGAAGCGCGGGGAGCGAGGUCACGACUUCUGACCCCGCCGCGGCACAGAAGGGAAUAUGGGGCCGCGACAGAGGUCACCAGGGAUUAUGAAAGUGGCUGAGUGGUAUGUGCUGAAAAUGGCCUCCUGGCUGAGAUCUAGUGAUUGAUAGCCACCAAGCUAACUUUUGGUGAGGAGCAAAGGCUGAUGACACCAAGAUGUUUGACAGAAGCAAGCCAACCGAGGAAGCCUCUGCUUCUUCGGCACAAGGAUAGAACAUGGACAGUAUGACCACAACAAAAAGACCAAUCAGCGAUGCCGAAAGAUGAAGAGUCAUCACAGAGGGAAAAAGAUACAAAAGGAGGGAUUUCAGAGCAGCAGAGUUCCCAAGGGGGGAAUCCAAGGCCACCAUGGACAGAGGGCACACCACUAGCCUGUCUCGCCCACCCAAUGGUGGGGAGGGGUGGACCUUGGCCUCUGACCUCCAGGCUGUUGACAUUCAAGAGACAUUCAAGAGAGAGCCUCAGGGUGAAGCUCGCAUACUGGCCAGAUGUACCUUCCGUCUGAUGACAGCUGUAGGACUGGUAUAGAAAAACGAGGCAUUGAAGGCUCCCUACGACAGGAAAGUAGUAGCAGUGUAAGCAUAAGAGGGUCAGAACAGACUGGACCUGGGUUAGCCAGUGGGCAGAAUAGACAAGGGUAUUGCAACUGCUGCCGUGUACACUACAGAAAUCUUGAACAGCAUAUUAUUAGUUCCCAGCACAGACAUUUCACCACUUACUGCAGGAAUCGUAUGGGUACUACCAGCUUGAUGGAACGUUUCCUCCAAGAUGUUUUGCACUAUCAUCCCCACAGAUACCAUGACAACAGACCAACAUAUGAUGACAUGCCACCUCCUGUCACUCCAUUGGCACCCAGAGAUGUUUGCCUGCUUCCAGAAGGGGUGGAGGAAAAGAUGGUUAGAAACAGAGAGGAGAUGUCUAGCAAAGGUGGUGAAUCCAUUGCUGAGAAAUGUUCCCCUACUCAUUGUCAAAUACUUGAGGGGGUGAAGGAGAUUCCUGUGCUACUGGCAUUCACCCAAAAACCAGAGGGGGGGAAGAACUGUAUGUUAGGAAUAUCCCAGCAACCUGUAGACGUUUGUAACAGUGAGAAAAGACAUAACCUGACAAAUGGGGCUCAGAUUACAAACAGUAGCCACGAAGGCCAGUGUACAACUGUGAGCCCACUACCUCACCAUUUGCCUGUUAGCUCUUUAUCUCACAGUCCUCCUGUUACACUUACAUUUGCAAAAAAUAUUAGGUAUUCAGCAACAUUAAAUUUGAUUCCAAGUAGCAUAUGUGAUCAAACAAAGAAGGAUGUAUGCAGUAAGGUUGGAUUAUUGAAUAGACAUCCUAGACCUGUUCUGGCAUCAGUCCACUCAAAAACGCCUUCAGUUUCGCAUCAAAGUCCUACCUAUAGCCAAGGCAACUCUUUAUGUAUUACCUCAGGUCAAUCUUUUUUUAAACAAGAUGGUUUACAAUCUCAGGAUGAAACUUUGUCUGACUUCCAUCUCAGGGAUAUGGUGGAGACCAGCAGGUCGCUAAAUUCUGGAAUAUCAUUGCAAUUAGAAAAAUGCAAAGACAUCCAGUUUAGCAGAGGGUAUGAAACAUCAGUAGAUGAAAUAAUUGAAGAAGUUAUUCUGAAGUACUGCCAUGGGUCUCUUCCGAGAGAGUUGCCUUGCAAAGGUGAAGAGAGCAAUUCCUUUUUAAAUAUUUCAUCACUUCUAAGCCACAGUCAGCCAGAGGGCUCUGAAAUGAGUUUUGACUGUGAUGCACCUGUUCAGUCAGGAACAAAACUUCCCAAAGCAGCUAUAAAAGACAUUGAAUUUCUAAAAGAGGUCCAAAUAAAUCUGGAAGAUAAGAACUAUGGAACCCAGCUUAGCUGUGUUUUAAAAGAUGAUUCCGUGGAGCAAGUAGAAGCAGCAAAACACGAUAUAAUAACUUGUAAUGAGGAAACAGUUCUUCCUGAUCUGCCUUAUGUGCCUCCUUCUUUUGUUGGAAAGACAUGGUCCCAGAUAAUGUAUGAGGAUGAUAGAAAAAUUGAAGCACUUGUGCGUGAUUUCAAAGAAGGUCGCUUCCGCUGUUACUUUGACAGUGAGUCCUCAACCAACUGUCCAGGGAAGAGGAUGAAGAAGAAAAAGCAGAAAGAUGAAAGGAAGAGUGACGUUGUAGGUAACAAAACAGAAGCAGAGUCUGUUAAAGCACUGCCAGAAUUUAAUGAUGCUUUAAGCACUGGCUCGACUCCUGAUAAUCCUUCCUUAGCAUUGGGAAUGCUAUGCAACACACAAAUACCUAAAAUGCCUCGGAGAAGAACCUGGCGCCUUGCUUCAAGGUGCCAAGUGGUCAAAGUCAGCCAUGCGACUCAAACCAGUUUAGUGAACUAUCCAAUAGUAAAAAGAAAAUUUGUUAGAAAGGAAUAUGAUCCACCAAGUCGGAAAACAAAUGUUGUUUGGCCAGAGAAUGAAAGAACUCCAAACAUGAAAACCAGACUAUGUGCCCUCAAACUUCCCGAAUCCUAUAGCAAAAUCAUGAGCCCUCUGCAGCCUAAGACAGUGGUUUAUGUACUUUCUUGUCCAGAAAUUAAACAGUUUAAAGGCAAACCUAUACAUAUCCCUAAAAUGAGAAAACAUAACUCCACAGAUGGUAAGGACUCUGUCAGGUACAAAUACAAACAGUGUUCUCUUAAAUAUUAUGAUCCAUUGACCAACCGAAUUUUAAAAAUGCCACCUAAGAGCACAGCUAGAGAAGGGGCUAAAAAGCCACCCCAUGUUAGACAGCUAUUCAGAAGUCUCAGCCUUGAUGCAAACCUGAAGAAGCUAGCUGAUACACAGAAAGAAUGUACACCAUCUAACUCCUUCAACUGUCCAGAAUUUUGUACUUCAUCUUCAGUAUCUUUUUUGCCUGAUCCAGUAAAAGGGGGUGAUAUGAACUCAAAUCAGAGGACAGAUGGGUCUUCUGUUUCCACUGAAAGAUCUGAUUAUGUAGUGUCUGGUCACUCUGAGAAGUCCUAUAAACACACUAUCAUUUCUCCUCUGAGCUCCUGCCAGUCUCAGAUGGAAGGAGAUAUUAGAUUAACUCCAUUUAGUAGCAGGGUUGCCAAAACACCUCUGAUGGCAGUCAGGAGCAAGCAGUUGGAGAAGGAGAAUCCAAAGCCUAUGUGGAAGAGAAAAGAAGGCUUUCGUAAAGAACCCGGUUUUUCCAAGAAGCCUGCCGGACCCAUGCCUGUCAGGCAUGUACUUGGGAGGAAAGGAGGUAGAGUAACCCUAGCCAAACAAACCACCAGAACUAAAAAACAACAAAAAGAGGGGAUAAGAAAGAAGCUCUCAUCUUGUGCCCAAAGAUCUUCUGUCUUUUCCAUCCAUCAGCACCAGUUGAGGAAAACAGCAGUCGGAAAGCACCUCAAAAAGGAAAAUUCUGAUGCUAAAAAGCUGCAGGUGACAAGAAAACCGAAGAGGACAUUUCUGAACUCUACAGUAAUUUCAGGGAUUCCUGAAAAAAGGCAAAAAGUCACAGCAGGGUCUUUCCCAAAGAAGCCAGACAUAGGUUCUUCCAGAAUAAAAAGGUGGGAAAUAAAUGGAGAUAAAGGUCGACCAAGCACUGUGAACCGACCCUCCAGAAGAACUGCUAGUUUACCUUUAUUGGGAAGCUGUCUUGUUUUACCAGGAAAGAAUUAACCAGCAAAACAUCCCUUAUGUAAACAACACAGGAGACCUGACUGAGGAAAAAACUGAGUGCACAGAAGUCGGCUAUAUCCAGUAGACAUGCUAGAGCAGCAGAUAGAAUUAUUCCAAGGUUAAAUAAUAAGCUACUGCAACUGCAGACUGUUUUGUUGGAAUACUGGCACACCACAUAUUGCACUGUUCUACUCUGUAAAGCUACAGAAAUUGUAUGUUUGUUUGAUUUAAGCACUUAGGGCCCUAUUUACAAGACUUCAGUGUAUCUUUUACCAACUUAUACAGCAUAGAAACUGACCUUGAAUUGUAUCAUAUUGUAUUCUAUCAUACUAAUACUAGUGCGUUAUGGUGUGCUAGAAUACAGUAAGAGUAUGUAUAGAAUCAAUACAAUUUAUUGUGCCUACUCAUCUUUCUACAUAAUUGUAAAGUGCAAAAAACAAUAAUCAACAAUUAUGUUAGAAAUUAAAUGGAAUCAUACUAAUUAAUCUGAAGCGAUGCAUGCAUUUUGUUUAUAUGUGUAUAUGUGCACCUGGUUAAAACGAUAUAUUUUCAACUCUAAUUCAUAGUUGGUGUAAAUUAAUACAGUAUGAUACAAUACAGAUCAGUACACUAGUGUCUUCAACACACGUAUAGUUAUUGUAUGAAUUUAAAUGACGGGGGGGGGGUUCCCCAAAAACCAUGUACAACCUGGCUUUUUUGGGACAAUACAGAAGCAAUGUUGGCUUCUACUUUAGCAAUAAUGGACACUGCUGGUAAGGAAAUAAGUCUUUCCAUUGUCCAGCUCAAGGAAUGUUGAUGGGUGAAACAGUUCAAAAGCCAAAAGAUUAUAUAUGGUAUUAAAUCUGAAAAAUUUACCCUGAUGAUUAAUUUCAUAACUCACCUUUGAAUAAGUUUAAAAAAAUCAUAUGAAUGUGAAUGAAUAAGCUGGGGGUUAUUUUAGACAUUUUAGCAUUAAUUGUGAGUUCCUUUAUUUUUCAUGGCUUUAAAUCUGACCUGCUGUUAUUUAAAUUUAAAUACAUUUAUAAUUGAGCUUUUUCUUCUUUUGUAGAACUCAAUCAAAUAUUUAAAAAACAAAAACAACAAAUCUAUUUAAGACUAUGGGAGUUUAGGCAGCUAAGGUCUGUCCUGUAAAUAGUUAACUAAGUUUUUAAAAAUCAUUUUCCUUACACAUUCACGGUAGGUCAUUGACAGAGUCUAACACCUCUGGAUAGCUAUAGCUCAUAAAGAACCAUAAAUUUCCUACUAGAACAAAAAUUAUAACAACCUGUUUUAACAAGGCUUGUUUUGAUGACAAGCCUCAAACCUGCAAACACCUUUACACUUUGAAUUCACACUGCUUGCCUAUUAAACUGCUAUGCCAAUUUAAGCAUAUACUUAAGUAUCCCCAAGAUGAGGGCCUUAAUUUUGAAGAUCUGCAACUCUGAUUGUACAGAACUAAUAUUUAAAGAUGUGUUUGAAUAUUACACAUGUGAUAGAUACAUUUUAAAAUCCAUAUGAAAAUCAAGCAAAGGAAUCAUAGCAACUAUGAAAAGAAAAGACCAAUCUGGUUUCACUAGUCAUUCCCCUGCCAGUGCAGAAUAUAACUGUGUCCUCAAAAAGAAAAAAGUUUAACUGGUUUAUAUGCAUUUUUUCCAAAGUGCCCAGAUUGCUAGCCUAAAUAAGUACUUAAAGAACUUCCAAAUGUAGUUUUAAAAAUGCCAUUCUGAGUUUUUUAUUAACUGUUAAAGGCAACAUCCUAUACCAGAGAUUUUUUUUAAAAAAAUGGUAUUGUUGAGAUCUUCCUUUUUAUUGCCUGGGCAUUAAUUCCCAUGCUAAAGAGGAAUGCAUGUACUUAAACCAACCAGGGAUUCAGCUCCUUUAUACCUCAUGGUACAACACUUUUUUCUUUUUAAACUUCAGAAAAAAAAGAAAUACAAGUUGUUUUCUAGGAAAACAGCUAUGAAGGGUAACUUAUAACAACAUUAUAAAUCACUGGAAAACAAGGGGUUUUAUAAAUAUGAACUCCUCUAACCCCAUUAACUUCUUGUGCCUCUCUAAUUUUAUAUUUUGCCUAGUAAUGAUUUUUUCAAGUGAAGUUUUAAAGGAAAAAGUUUUUAUAGCAAGACUUAUGUUAAAAGUUUUAAAGAAAGGGGUUUUUUAAAAGUUAAAAUUAUGUUUUAAAGCAAAGUUAACUUAAGUUAGCACUACAGAUAAAUCUCAAGCUAACAUAUUUUUAUGGUGUAAAAAGGUCUUUCUUACCUAACCUGUUCUGACUCAGUUUCCACAGUUGGGCAAAUGAAGGGCACGUACAGUUCUGUGUGGAAUAAACCUUGAUGCAUGUUCUAUUUGGGAACAUUUACACAUGUUUUUUACAGUCGGUAAAUACUGCUCUCUAGUCUCAUCUGUUGUAAUCUUGUGCUUCUCCCAUGUAUGCACCUUUUUCUUGGAAUCUUGAGUAAUAUACAUACGAUGAUGACUUUAUAAUGUCAAAACUUUUGCAUUUUUUUUUGCAUGGAAACUCAUGUAUGUAAAUAGGGCCUUCUGUCAGGGAGAUGGAAAAGAAUAAAAUGUUGAGUAUAUUUAAGAGUUUAAAUAAUUAUAUAUUUUGUUUUAAAAUCAGUAUAGAUUUAACACUAUUUUUAAAGAGAACUUGGAGUAUGAAUUGUAGACAACUUUUGCUGUUGACAGUGUCAAAACAACAUUUACUGUAUGUUAAAACUCCAUUAUAUGCCACACUCCAGACUGUUAAUGACCUUUCUGUGCAUGUUCAGUUGAUAUGAAAAAUGGAAGAGUGACAAGAGAUUUAAUGGUUUGGCUAAUGUCAAAGGAAGAUGCAUACAGGGAACCAACUGUCUAUGUAUAUGGUAUGGAGAAUAAUUUGUUUCCAAAGGGAGGGGGUGGGAUUGAGAUUUUCCAGGUGAUUUAGGAGAAUUAGACGCAUCUCACAUUAAAUGAAGAGGUCAGAUUCUACUACCAUCUUUUGUAUUAUUCAGAUCUUUUCUCGUGAGUAAUCUCACUGAAAAAAACCAUGAGUAAGGAUGACAGCAUUACAUACAAGGGGGAAAAGUAUUUACUAUUUAUAUUACUGUAGCACCUAAGACCUUCUAGUAAGGUCAUGGGUCUCAUUAUUAUUGGGAUAGGUAUUAAAACACAAGAUAAAAAUAAAUGGUUCCUGUCCAAAAUUGCUAACAAGUUAAUUUAAACUUAGCUAUUUCACCCUCCAUUUUCUUUUUCUUCUUUUCUUCUCUAGUUCUUUUUGACCAAUUUGUAUAUGAUUUUUUUCUCAUAAUCACAUCAGCACAUUCCUUUUCAAGGCUUCUAUUCAACAGAGCAUAUACUCAUAUUUAUAAUAGUUGAUGGCAGUACUCAAAUUUAUAUAUUUAAGUACCUUGCUAAAUUGGUGUCCUGUUUGGUAUUGCUCCUGUUUCAUGUUUUUACAUUAUUUUUAAAUUUUCCCAUUUGAUGGGUUGUGAUUCUACCCUGGCUCUUUCAUUAGUUAGCAUUGUAUUAUUAAAUAUCCACUUUGUUUUCCAUGUUGAUUGUUGGCUUUGUGCAGUGCUACAGGUAGAUAAGUUUUUCAUUCAGUUAACACUGUUCUUAAAACUCUUAUUUUUCGGAUUCAUGUUUGCCCCAUUUUUUGUUGAGGCAUAAUUGUGGUAACUCCUUUUUGCAUCUUCUGCCAUGAUAAACUAAAUUACAGGAUGUGAUAAUCUUUUGUUUGAAAACAAAUCACAUGACUCCUCAGCAUGGGACCAUCUACAAUAAGAAUUAGUCCUGAAGUAGAAGGAAGUUGUAAGUUGAAUGAUUCUAGAUAAUGUUGGAAUAAAUUGGGAAUGUAGAGUACCUAAUUUUGUAUUGCAAGUGAAAAGUAUUUUGCAUUAAGGGUUGAUUUGAUCUAAAAUUCUGUAAUUUAGAACAUCUUUUUCUAGGAAUAUUCUAAUGGCAUAGGUCUGAACAUGCUCAGAAGCAAGGGUUUUGCUCCUUGUUUGUAAAAUAUUACAAGUGUGAAUUAAUUCAUUCCUCCAGUCACAAAAAAAAAAAAUCACGGAUCUUGUUUUAAUAAAAGACUGAAUUUUG